AUGGUUGUCGAACUUGACACAACUCUCGCGGAAUUGUACGCCAACCAUGGCCUUCCAGGGCCAAUUGUGGUGGACCUCUAUCGAAUUUACACCCACAUUGAUCUUCAUGACAACUUCCCUCGGGAAAGUGUAUUUGUCGAGGAUGAGGAUCCCUCUACAUACUGUUCCGAAGAAGAAGACCUUCCUCGUUUCAAACGAUGGGCCUUGAAUUCCAGAACAAUCCGACACUUACCCAUGGUGGGGCCCGCCGACGUGAUUCUCUAUCUUCCUUACAAUUCAAGGGAUGAUAUCAACCGGGCAUUGGACUAA